GUGUUUAUUUUUCCCCGGAAUUUAAUAUUGACAAUAGUCGAAGUAUAGAUAGCACCUCUAAACUUUAUUUCAAGUUCAGAACUUAUUUAAUUUUCCAAUAGUGCUUGUGGUGUUAGGAGUUUUGAAAAUUUGCUUAAGGAUUAUACAUCAAUUAAAAUGCGAUUAUUUGCUAGCCAGCUUUUGCUGCUAAGUCUUGCACUGGUUGUGUCAGGACAAUCAUUCACAUGCUGGUAUACAUUCUGCAAUUAUCAAGGUCAACAAACUUAUGUUGUCAAUCAGCCAAGUCAACCAAAUUUUGUCACCAGUCUGCAGCCUAGCUUCAGCCAAGAUGCAACCUGGAUUACGAGUCAACAAUCAAGCCAGAACCAAGUAGAAACCAAACAGGCUAGUACUCAAAACAUUGUCACCGAUCAGCAGCAGCCCAUUUUGAGCCAAGGUGCAACCUGGUUCAUGAAUCAACCACCAAGCCAAAACCAAAAUGCACCAAAACUCGAGGUUAGACAACCAUACAUCAUUUUUACUCAGCAGCCAAGUUUGAGCCAAGGUACAACCUGGUUUACGAGUCAACAACCAAGCCAGAACCAAAAUGUACCCCAGUUGAAGGUUAGUCAGCAAAAUCCUGUCAGCAAUCAGCAACAGCCUAGUUUGAGCCAAGGUUCAGCCUGGUUUGGGAAUCAACAAUCAAGUCAGAACCAAAAUGCACCCGAAGUGGAGGUUAGUGCAGAAAAACCCGUCGUCAAUCAGCAGCAGCCUAGUUUGAGCCAAGAUUCAGCCUGGUUUGGGAACCAACAAUCAAGUCAAAACCAAAAUGCACCCGAAGUGGAGGUUAGUCAGCAAAAUCCUGUCAGCAAUCAACAACAGCCUAGUUUGAGCCAAGGUUCAGCCUUGUUUGGGAACCAACAAUCAAGUCAGAAUCAAAAUGCACCCGAAGUGGAGGUUAGUGCAGAAAAACCCAUCGUCAAUCAGCAGCAGCCUAGUUUGAGCCAAGAUUCAACUUGGUUUAUGAGCCAACCAAUCCAUAAUCAAAUUGUACCCAAGCUAGAGGCCAAUCAACAACACGUUCAGCAACCUAGUUUGAGCCAAAAUGGAGUCUGGAUUCUAAACCAACCGCAGCCAAGCCAGCCCCAAUAUACAACCUGGAUUUGGAACCAACAACCCAUUCAAAUCCCUGAUGUAAAUCAGCAAUACUAUACAUUACUUCAAAACUCUUUAACCAGCCAACAACCCACUCAGGGCCAAGCUGAAACCUUUUUAGUAAAACCAGAAGCAACUCAAGACUAUUUCUACCAACAACCCAGUCGUUUUUUGGUUAAUUUUGUCAGCUAUCCCAUUCAAGAGCCCAGUCAGAGCCAGGUUUUCAACUUGCCAAACAAGCACCAGGAAAAUUCAGUAAAAAUUGUCGAUAAUAAUAUUAAUGUAAAACCCGGGAAAAUUGUGACAAUAACUGAAAAUAACGAUUCUUCAAAAGUGAAAACUGCCGAUAAUGUGGCAAAACCUAUUAUUGUAAUUAAUAAGCAAGAACAAAAACCACUGAUUCCAGAGAGUCAAAUUCAAAAUCAACAUUCAGAACAAAGCCAUGUUAAUGCCGUGAAUGAGAAAGUAGAAGCUCAAAGUGAAAUUCAACAGACAAGUGAACCAGUAAAAAAGGAAAAUGAGGAAAAAACUCCAAGUUUGAGCCAAGAUGAACAACACGUUAGCAAUAACGUCAUGGAAAGUGCUACAAAUUCGCAAUAAUUUGAUUUAUUCAAAAGACAACAUUUUGACGAGGCUUUACGCUGAAAAAUUUCUAAAUAAUUCAAGUGCUACGACAAUAUUAUUUAGUGCAAUUUUUUUUUUUUUAUAUAAUUUAUUUUAAAAAAUAUUUAAGACUGUAUGAACAACUGGCAAUGUAAACAAAGACUGAAAUAUAUAUUUUUUUUUUAUUUCCAAUUUACACUAAUAUUAACACUUGAAUGUAAAACUAAUUUUUGUAUGCAAAGUUUGAAUAAAUAAAUUAUUUAAUUUUUACCCGGCACAA